CAAGUUUUGUCACGUUUCAAGGCGGAUAACAUUGUGAUUACGAAUUGGGGAUGAAGCUCUGCUAGUUCUGUAGACUUCAGAAUAGUGAGUUUAAACCAUGGGACCACUGACCACUCCUAAGAAAGGGGUCGAGGGCCACUGUGUCGACCCCUGGACCCCCACCUCCAACCUGAAGAUUUUGAUCAGUGCUGCCAGCCCCGAGAUACGCAACCGCGAGAAGGAGCGCACCCUUGAGGAGGCUGAAGGAUACUGCAAACAGGAUGCAGAGGAGGCAGAGGAGGGUGAGAGGAUGACUAGUAGAAAGGACAAAAGUCUGGGGCUGCUCUGUCACAAGUUUCUGGAGAGAUUUCCAGAUUUCCCUGAUCCAGAAAAAGAUCAUGACAUCAGCCUGGAUGACAUGGCCUCAGAGCUCAACGUGGAGCGAAGGCGGAUCUACGACAUCAUGAAUGUUCUGGAGAGCCUUCACAUGGUUAGCCGCUCUGCUAAGAACCGCUACACAUGGCACGGACGUACCAAGCUCGCACAGACCCUGUACGUACUGAGGCAGGCGGGAGAGGAGCAGGGAUACGGCAUCCAGAUGCAGCAGAUCCGACAGAGGAGCCACGAGGAGGAGGGAGGAGAGGCGGAGGAUAAGGAGAACAGGCAGGAGCAGAGCCAAGACACAGCCCAGGACAGAGGGUCGAAGGUUGGGCAGCAGAGCAAAGAGCUGUGUUUUGUGGAGCUGCCGGGGGUUGAAUUUAAAGCAGCAUCUGUGAACAGUCGAAAGGACAAGUCUCUUCGUGUCAUGAGUCAGAAGUUUGUGAUGCUUUUCCUGGUGGCACGCCCCCGUGUCGUCAGUCUGGACGUUGCAGCUCAGAUCCUGAUCGGAGAAGACCAGGGAGAGGCCCAGGACAAGAACAAGUUCAAAACUAAAGUGCGGCGCUUGUACGACAUCGCUAACGUGCUGCGUAGUCUGAAGCUGAUUGAGAAAGUUCAUGUGACGGAGGAGCGUGGGAGAAAGCCUGCCUUUGAGUGGGUGGGGCCAGAGGAGUUCCAGCAGGUCAAAGAUGUGGAGGUGAAACCGGAAAAGCCUAAAGUCCUCACAUCUCGGUCAUCGAAAGAAAACUGCUCCAAAAGCCUCUUCUCAACCAAACGCGGCUUCACCAGACAUCAGUCCCUCAUCAAACUGGCCCAAAGCAUCCAGGAGGACAGGAGGAGGGUCAGCAGCGCCCCCAGCAGCCCCGCCAAGGACACUGCAGGUGACUCUAGAGUGGAUUUCCCAAGCAAAAUGGCUCAACUCGCGGCCAUCUGUAAAAUCCAACUGGACCACGAAUCUUCAGGAUCCAAAUCAUCAGAAUCUGCCCAAGCCUCAUUACCUUUGACCCCCGUGACACCUCUGACCCCCCUCAUCCCUGUCCUGUUACCGCGGCAGGAGGCGGCAAGGACUUAUGCAGUAUAUGUCCCGCCCCCUUCACUGCGAGCCGUGACGCGCCCUCAGCCGACGAGUCUCGCUGUACGAUCAAUGACUUUCGACAGUCCCACCGCCGUUAAACGCCACGGAGCAGAUCAACCAGAGGCGAGUCCAUCCAAAACCAAGAGAACUGACCACGGCUUUAAGGACGUGUCUCCUAAGUUGGGUGAAAUUCUCCAAGCUCGUCUGAAAUCUCGUGUUCAUUUGACCAAUCGGCCGUCUCCUCGUGCUCUCCACUUGGAUCCCGAGUUCCUGAGCCCGGCCAAUCAGGUGCAAGAAAACAGCCCAGCAGCAGCCAAUCACGUGUCAGAACAGAGCACGAUGGACAUGUUCUUGGAGAGAGAGGAGAGGAGCGUGGAGAGUGACGGAUUAACGCCGAUCCGAGCUGUUCCGCUGACACCCGGGACCAUCCACACAGAGACUCUGGUCCCGGCCGGUUAUCUCAUCCCUCUGUCUCAGUCUGUCAUCGGCUUCAAGGAUCUGCAGAGCUCCAAAGAUACGCCAGCCACUCCCACAUACCUGUACCAUACGCCCACUGCAGGCACCAGACCAAUGCUGUACCAAGAGAUGACACCUACGAGCGUGCACAUGACCCCUACGAACGUGCACGUGACCCCCACGAGCGUGCACAUGACCCCUACGAACGUGCACGUGACCCCCACGAGCGUGCACAUGAGCCGGGCCUCUCCUCUGUGCACGCCCCGCACCCAGAGCCCCAGCCCCGCCAUCCUCAACUUCACUCUGCAAAACCUCGGGUUGAUCUCCGGACACAACCAGGUCCAGACCCCGGUACAGACCCCGACCCGGCCUCAGGUGGGCUGCAGUCCUCCGUUUCCUCUCUCUCUCCCGCAAAGAGGAGGAGGAAUGGUCUUUAUCAAACCAGUGUCUCCUCUUCACGCACAGGGGACAGGAAGCGGACAACAGGUGGCGCUCAUCAGUCUGCAGCAGCCAGGACCGGUGACACCAUCUUCCUCGUCGCCCGGUUUCUUCCACACACCUGUUUCCAUGACGCCACUCUCCUCCGUCACCAGGGCGACCGGCGUCUCUCACAGUAACCGCACCGUGUUUGUGGCUCAGCGAAAACUCGACAUCUGUGCCGAAGAUUUAUGAACCAGACAAAUUGUAGCCAACUUUAGAUCAAUUUAAUUCAAGAGACAUUUUCAGAAAUCAACUGUGAAAUUUAUAAAAAAUAAACGCUAAAAUGCAGAGGAGUGACUGGUGAAGAAGAGAAGUGUUUUGUCGUAGUGUGUUCAAAGGUAAAACCAAACAAAAACAAAAUCUUCAAAAAAUCGUUUAGUGAUGGCUAAAGCGACUUGAAGUAUGAAGUGAGUAUGACAGGUUUUUAUGACUCAAGUUUGGACUUAAUUCAGAGGGAGUACCAUAGACUGUAUAUAAAUGGACAUAGCUAACCUGCUAGCUGCUGCAUUCCAAAUAGGAUGUGCUCAUAGGAGUGCUUCCGGCUCCAUCGACUGUGGCUCCAAUUCAUUUUAUAUUGAAAAGUUGUCACCACUCUCUCUAUAACUGCUGCUGUUAGGCUCGUCAUUUUGGCCAUUAUUGUGUCCAUAAAUUGAAAGAUGAACAUUGAUAACAGGCAAAUUAGGUGCCUUCUUUCCCUGAGGUUGCUCCCACUACCGUUAGCAACAAUUGGCUCUUUGGUUGCUAUGAUACUGUUGGUCGGAAUUCCAAAUAUGGAUCAUAGAUAUUCACCCCUGUAACUGCGAGCCUCGACUGAAGCUGAACGCUACAGGUGACGUCACACUAAUUUAGUCCACUUCUUUAUACAGUCUGUGGGUUAUACCUGUUGUAAAUAUAAAUUAUAGUUUUACUCCAAUUUGUGAAUAAAAGUUGAAAAACUUAAAGGACGUACGUACAGGAAGUGGAGAGUUCCAAACGCACUGGUGACAUCUCACUGGGAGAAAUCUGUCCAAAGGUUUAGCACAUUUUACAUGCAUUAAACACACAUUUUCUUAUACUUUGAACAUGAUUUCAACUAAAUAAAGGUGCAACAUUUGUAUUUGUCAAAUAUUAAUCACUGUGUACAUUAGACGAGUGUACACAGUGAACAACAUGAUGGAUAACAGUUAUGAAAUUCCCAGUGUGAUGUUAUGAUUUCCAGUAAGGAAGCACAAUUUUAAACCUGAAGGCGGCUGGCCCUUCAUUAGAAAAGUUACAUAGUAGAGCUUUAAACAAGGUGGGCAAAGUGUCUUGACCUACUCUGCACUGGUCACUGGAGUUCGUAUCAAACCGCAGACCUCCUGGUUAUAAGGCGAUGGCUCUACCACUUGAGCGAUGGCUGUUCCGAUGUUUCAAAU